AUGGCUGGACAGCUCUCAUGUGUGCUGUCGUUUUUGGCUCUAAAUUUCGCGGAGGUUCUCCUCAGCAAGGGCGAGGCGGUCGACCUGACGGCUCUCGAGCGGAGGUAUAACUUCCAGCGCACGUCGUCGACGAUGGCCGCCAUAGCGGGAUAUGGUUCUACCGCGGAGACACUCCUCGACAAUGGCGCUUCUGUUGACGCAAAAGACGGAAAAUGGCCAGACCUCGCUGUCAUGGGCAACUCGGAGAGGGCAUAA